AUGACGUGGCAACAACAAUCAGUAUAUCAUAGAGACUCAUGGCGCAACGAGAUGCCGUGCGGUUCUCGAUACGAGCACUGGACAGAUGAAAAGCCACCGCCAGCACGUAAUAUGUACACUUUCGAACCAAUUCAGCGGCCUGUAUGGAGUCAAGAGCAGCCACGUGGGAUUCUGACGCCACUGCUCUCCCUUCAACUGUCACCACCACCUCCAUCUCGAUUUCUGCCGCAACAAAACCCCGUCGAUCUGAAUUACCGCCCAUGUCAAUAUAUGGUUCAUGACAAGUGGGACGAGGUCGCUAAAAGAAUUCAGCCAGCAGUGCCAUUGGAGCCCAAAAAGAAACAGCUCAACUCGAGAAAUCGACCAUAUUGA